UAUUUGCGUAACUCUUGCUAGAUCUAGAAUCUAGAUCUAAUCAUUAGACCUUUUCUAGCUAGAUAAAUCUAGAUCUAGAUUUAUAUCAAUUAUUUAAGGACUAAAAAUGUAUUAUGAUUAUAAAACGGAUUGUAUUUUUAUCUAAUUAAUCUUUGUUUAUUUUCAGUUUAUGUGCAAUAAUUCAUCAAUCUAAAGCUAUGCAAAACACCAAGGACACUAAUAGUAUACUUUGGGAGAGUUCAUUUAUGGUUAAACAGGAAUUGAGUGACGAAAUCUUUACAUUUAUGGACAUGAAAUCAAAAGAAAUAUCAGCUAUUCCAAGUUCAGAAGGAUUAAAAACAAAUAUAUCAAAACUCUUUUCAAAUUCUGAAGAUAUAAAGCAAAAUGUAUCAACACAAUUUUCAACUGUUAAAGACAAAUACUUGGAGGAAACAAUGCCAUUUUUAGCUUUAGAAGAUAAAAAACUUGAUAAAACAAAGCCUUUUUUUAAUUUAGAAGAGAUGAAACAAGAUAACCCAACAUCAUUUUCAUCUUCUGAAGACAUGAAACCAAAUAUAUCAACAGCAUUUUCAAUUUUUGAAGAUAUAAAACCUGAAAUAUUAACAAUUUCAUCUUUGGAGAGUGAACAACAAAAUGGUUUCAAAUUGCAGUCACAACUUUUUCUCCCACUGGGUUCAACUGAUUUUAAAGAAAAUUUAGCAGUUUUAAAAUCAGAUCUUCAGAAUGAAUUAAAAGAACUGAAGUUAUUGCAUACAAAAUUAAUUGAUAAUCUCCCAACAGAAUAUCAGAUCAAUGAUAAGGGACUGAAGACAUACAAGUGUGAUAUGUGUUGUCAAAGAUUUUUCCAUUUUGAUCAUGUUAAACAACACAUAAACAUUCACACAAGGGUGAAUCCAUAUGGUCAUGAUUUUUAUCAGCAAGAAGUUGUUAUGAUCAGUCAGGGUGAACAUAUUAACAAAAUAAACCUAGAACAGGUAUACAAUAAGUCUAGUUUGUCUAAAAAGUUCACUUCAGAGUCUUGUUUAUCCACACACACAAAUAUUCAUUCUGGAAUUAAGACAUAUGAAUGCUAUGUUUGUCAUAAAAAGUUUGCUCAGAAGAGUAAUUUAUCUAGACAUAAAAUAACUAUCCAUUCUAGUCUCAAGCCACAUAAAUGCGAUGUUUGUCAUAAAAGUUUUGCUCUUAAAUCUAGAUUAUCUACACAUAAAAAUAUUCAUUUACCAGAGAGACCAUAUGAAUGUGAUGUGUGUCACAAAAAAUUUAAUCUCAAAAGUAAUUUAUCCACACAUAAAAAUAUUCAUUUACCAGAGAGACCAUAUGAAUGUGACGUGUGUCAUAAAAAAUUUAGUGAUAAACGUUAUUUAUCACAACAUAAAAAUGUUCAUUUACCAGAGAGACCAUAUGAAUGUGAUGUGUGUCAGAAAAAAUUUAAUUGUAAACGUCAUUUAUCUACACAUAAAAAGAUUCAUUCAGGAGAUAGACCUUAUGAAUGUGAUGUGUGUCAUAAAAAAUUUAAUUGUAAACAUCAUUUAUCUAAACAUAAAAAUAUUCAUUCAGGAGAUAGACCUUAUGAAUGUGAUGUGAGUCAUAAAAAAUUUAAUCAUCAAGUUCAUUUAUCUAGACAUAAAAAUAUUCAUUUACCAGAGAAACAAUAUGAAUGUGAUGUGUGUCACAAAAUAUUUAAUCAUAAAGGUUAUUUAUUAGAACAUAAAAAGAUUCAUUCAGGAGACAGACCAUAUGAAUGUGAUGUGUGUCAUAAAAAAUUUAAUCGUAAAUUUCAUUUAUCUACACAUAAAAAUAUUCAUUUACCAGAGAGACCAUAUGAAUGUGAUGUGUGUGACCAAAAAUUUAAUCAUAAAAGUAAUUUAUCUACACAUAAAAACAUUCAUUUACCAGAGAGACCAUAUGAAUGUGAUGUGUGUCACAAAAAAUUUAGUCAUAAAGGUUAUCUAUCAGAACAUAAAAAUAUUCAUUUACCAGUGAGACCAUAUGAAUGUGAUGUGUGUCAUAGAAAAUUUAAUAGUAGACGUCAUUUAUCUACACAUAAAAAUAUUCAUUUACCAGAGAGACCAUAUGAAUGUGAUGUGUGUCAUAAAAAAUUUAAUUGUAAAGGUAAUUUGUCUACACAUAAAAAUUGUCAUUUACCAGAGAGACCAUAUGGAUGUGAUGUGUGUCACAAAAAAUUUAAUCAUAAAAGUAAUUUAUCUAGACAUAAAAAUAUUCAUUUACCAGAGACAAUAUGAAUGUGGCAUUUGUCAUUAAAGGUUUGCUCAUAAGUCUAGUUUAUCUACACACACAAAUUUUCACUCAGGGCUUAAGCCAGCUGAAUGUGUUGUUGGUCAUUAAAUUCUUUUUCACAAGGGUCUUUAAUUAUCUGUAUAUAAAA